AUGGACGAGGAAUCGCCAGAUGGGCUGCUCUUCAAAGACCAUGACUUCUCCUCUGACUUGUUGAGGCAGCUCAAUGGCUUGAGGCAAAGCAGGAUCCUGACUGAUGUGAGCAUCUGCGCUGGGGCCUGGGAGGUCCCCUGCCACCGCAACGUGCUGGCCUCCAGCAGCCCCUACUUCAGGGCCAUGUUCUGCAGCAACUUCCGGGAGAGCAGCGAGCCCAAAGUCCAGCUGAAAGGCCUCGACUCUGCAACUCUGGAGCGGAUCAUCCUGUAUGUGUACACGGGCGAGGCACACAUCACAGCGGAAACCGUCCUGCCCUUGAUGGAGGCCGCCUCCAUGCUGCAGUACCCCAGGCUGCUUGAGGCCUGCUCCUCCUUCCUGCAGAGCCAGCUGGCCCCCAGCAACUGCCUGAGCGUGAUCAGACUCUCUGAAAUCUUCAGCUGUGAGGCCCUCAGGAAGAAAGCCAGGGAGGUGGCCCUGACGUACUUCCCAGAGGUGGCUGCAUCAGCUGAUCUGAAGGAGCUCCAUGCCUUGGAACUGAGAGACUACCUGGGAGAUGACGGGCUCUGUGCGGAGGAGGAGAAGGUGUUCGAGGCCCUCAUGGUUUGGAUCAAGCAUGACCUCCAGACCCGGAAGCAAUACAUGCAGGAACUGUUCAAGCAGGUCAGGCUGCAGUACGUCCACCCAGCCUUCUUCUACCACUUCAUCGCCAACGACGCCCUCCUUCAGUCCUCGCCCCCCUGCCAGACCAUCUUGGAGACAGCCAAGAGGCAGAUGUUUUCUUUGUACAGCAUGACCAGUGCCCCGGACCUCCAGCCUCUGUGGCAUGUUCCCCCAAGAAACUCUUACCAAGACUUCCUCAUCCUCUUGGGUGGAAGGAAGGACAACCAGCAGACCACCAGGGACGUCCUGCUGUACGACGGACAGACCGGCCAAUGGCAGAGCCUUGCCAAACUCCCGGCCCGGCUGUAUAAGGCCUCGGCCGUCACCUUGCACCGCAGCAUCUACCUGCUGGGAGGCAUGGCGGUGGGCGCGGGGAACAGUGUGCCCAGUCCCAAGGUCUACAUCUUCUCCCUGAAGUUCAAUCAGUGGAGGCUGGGGCAGCCCAUGCUGGCAGCCCGCUACUCCCACAGAAGCACCACCCACAAGAACUUCAUCUUCUCCAUCGGGGGGAUUGGAGAAGGACACGAGGUCAUGGGCUCCAUGGAGAGAUAUGACAGCAUCUGCAACGUCUGGGAGAGGAUGGCCAGCAUGCCACUGGGGGUCCUCCACCCUGCAGUCGCUGUGAAAGACCAAAGACUCUACCUUUUUGGGGGAGAGGACAUCAUGCAGAACCCUGUGCGCCUUAUCCAGGUUUAUCACAUUUCCAGAAACACGUGGUUCAAAAUGGAGACGAGAAUGAUCAAGAAUGUAUGUGCCCCUGCCGUGGUACUUGGGGAGCGGAUUGUCAUCGUGGGAGGUUACACAAGGAGGAUCCUUUCUUAUGACCCUCAGUCCAACAAAUUUGUCAAAUGCGCAGACAUGAAAGACCGGAGGAUGCACCACGGGGCCACGGUGAUGGGGAACAAGCUCUACGUGACAGGUGGGCGGCAUCUGACCACGGACUGUAGCAUCGAGGACUCGGCCUCCUUCGACUGCUACGACCCUGAGACCGACACCUGGACGUCCCAGGGGCAGCUGCCUCAUAAGCUCUUUGACCAUGCCUGCCUCACUCUCCGGUGCAUCCCUCACCCCUCCACCAUCCCCUGAGGCCCACGAGAAACUGAGACGUCAUCUGUCCUAGUCAAGAUGCUCUUGUUGCAAGAGACAGAACCC